CUCUCCUGGCUUCUCUCUCUCCUCUCACUGACUACACUAGCAGCAGACUGGGUCUAUAGGUAGAUGGAAUAGACUGAUUGAGAGAAGGAGAGGAAAAUGACUAAUCUGUCAUUGCUUUAGAAGGCAAAGUCACAGACACACAAGAACAUUUGUUUGAGGCUUAGGUUUCUUUGAGCCAAGUUCUCACAUACUUCCUUUUUGUUCUAUUACGUUGAUUUAGCUCCGGUGGAGAGAUUCUGUGAAUUCAGUGCAAGGGCAUCUGCGCCAUCUCCCAGAUAGAAAGACUCCAUUCUCCUCCACCGUCCCUGACCGCUCACAAGCGCCCCCAGCAGGACGUGACUGGACCUGGUCAUCAGGGUGAUGAAAGGCCUGCUCCUAGGCUGUGUGACCGUGGCUGUGCUGCUUCAACUCUCCAGCACCGGCCUGGUCAAGAAGAUCAUCCGCCACCGCAGAGAGACCCUGAGAGAACCCUCUAAGAACAUGACCCUGCCCCACCCUGACCAACCAGUGGUCUUCAACCACGUCUACAACAUCAACGUCCCCUCCAGCUCCCUGUGUUCCGUAAACAUGGAGAGCCCAGAAGGAACCAAGGUCAAGCCUAAACGAAGUCCAGUCCAGUCGGUCAUGCAGGGCAUGGAGAACAAGGACCACACGAUGAACGGAGAGAACCAGAUCGUGUUCACCCACCGCAUCAACAUCCCCAAGCAGGCAUGUGGCUGUGACAACCACAUGCCUGAUAUGAAGGACAUCUUUAGCAGACUGGAGAUGCUGGAGUCUGAGCUGUCCAGCCUCAGAGAACAGUGUGGCAGUGGAGCCGGUUGCUGUGGAGCCCAGGUUACAGGUGAGGUGGCCACCAAGCCUUACUGUAACGGCCGUGGUAACUUCAGCACUGAGACCUGCAGCUGUGUGUGUGAGCCCGGCUGGAAGGGACCCAACUGCACCGAGUCUGAGUGCCCCAACUUCUGCCAAGACCAGGGACGCUGCGUCGAUGGAAAGUGUGUCUGCUUCGAGGGCUUCCACGGAGACGACUGCAGCAUGGAGCCAUGUCAGGAGGACUGUGGGGACAACGGGGAGUGCAUCAACGCCAUGUGUAUCUGUGAGGACGGCUUCACUGGGAACGACUGCUCCCAGACCAACUGCCUGAACAACUGCCUGGGACGCGGCCGUUGUGUAGACGAUGAGUGUGUGUGUGAUGAGCCGUGGAUGGGCUACGACUGCUCCGAGCUCAUCUGCCCCAACGACUGCUACGACCGCGGCCGCUGCGUCAACGGAACCUGCUUCUGUGAGGAGGGCUUCACCGGGGACGACUGUGGGGAGCUCACCUGCCCCAGCAACUGUAACAACCGUGGGAUGUGUGUCCACGGCCAAUGUGUGUGUCACUCUGGCUACAGCGGCGAAGACUGCUCCAAGCUCACCUGCCCCAACGAUUGUACUGAGAAAGGCCAUUGCUUCAACGGGAGAUGCAUCUGCGACCCAGGCUUCGAGGGAGUGGACUGUUCCAUCCUGUCUUGCCCAGACAACUGCAGCAACAGAGGCCAGUGUGUCAAUGGAGAGUGUGUCUGCAAUGUAGGAUUUGAGGGUGACGACUGCUCUGAAAUCUCCUGCCCCAUGAAGUGUCUGAACCGAGGCCGCUGUCUGAAUGGACAGUGUGUGUGCAGUAAAGGCUUCUCCGGGGACGACUGCAGCACCAAGACCUGCCCCAAAGACUGCCUGGGACGCGGAGAGUGUGUUGACGGCACGUGCGUGUGCUUCAUUGGCUUCACGGGCAAAGACUGCAGCGAGUUGACUUGUCCCAACAAAUGUCUGAACCGUGGGCACUGUGUUAACGGCCAGUGUGUGUGCAACAAAGGCUUUGCUGGGGAGGACUGCAGUGAGAAGACAUGUCCCAAAAACUGCCUGGAGAGGGGCUACUGCGUGGACGGGACGUGUGUUUGCUUCGAGGGAUUCCAGGGCCUGGACUGCUCUGUGCUGACCUGUCCAGGAGACUGUGAGGACCAGGGGAGAUGUAUGGAUGGAGUGUGUCUGUGUCAUGAAGGUUUCAUCGGAGAGGACUGCUCUGGGGUGUCUCCACCCAAGGACCUGACAGUGCAGGAGGUCACCCCAGAGACAGUGGACUUGUCCUGGGCUAACGAGAUGCAGGUGGCAGAGUACCUGGUCACCUAUGUGCCCACCGCCCUUGGAGGCCUGGAGCUGGACAUGCGUGUGCAUGGGGAUCAGAAGAACGCCACCAUCAGUGAGCUGGAGCCUGGUGUGGAGUAUCUGAUCAGUGUCUUCGCAGUCCUCAGCAACAAGAGGAGUGUCCCUGUCAGUGCCAGAGUGGCAACACAUCUCCCUAAGCCCGAGGGACUCAAGUUCACAUCAGUGAGGGAGACUGCAGUAGAGGUUCAGUGGGACCCCCUGAACAUCCCCUUUGAUGGCUGGAACCUCAUCUUCAGAAACACUGUAAGUUGUCAGCAGUAG